AUGGAGGUGCACCCGCAGAAGUCUGCGCCGGGCUCUGCUCUCAUUCCUGACCUCGUGCUCGGUGGCGUUCAGAGGCCGCGCCACCUCUCAGGCUUCGGGUUGGAGUCUGAUGGCUUCCUGGGGUCUCCGGAACGCGCGGCUUCCUCCUCUCCGGUUACCAGUCUUACCAAGACCAUGCACGACCUCGCGGGACUCGGCAGUGAGACCCCAAAGACUCAAGUAGGAAGUCUGUCAUUCCAGAACAGGCUGGUGGACCUAUCUCUAUCCAGGCGUACCUCCAUGUCAUCCGAGUCCUCAGAAUCUUCUGAUGCAGGUCUCUGCAUGGAUUCCCCCAGCCCUAUGGACCCACAGAAGGCAGAGCAUUCGUUUGAACAGGCCAUUCAGGCAGCCAGUCGGGUCAUUCAAAAUGAGCAGUUUACCAUAAAACGCUUCCGAUCCUUGCCAGUAAGGCUGCUGGACCACAGCCCUGUGCUACAGAACAUCACCAACUCCCAAGCACUGGACAGCCGGAAGAAACAUGAAGCAGGCUACAGAGCUGCCAACAGCCUUGGGGAGGACAAAGAGAAUGAUGGAUAUGUCUUCAAGAUGCCAUGGGAGUCCACUCGUCCCAACCCUGCCCAAGCUCUGGUUGAGUGGGCCAGUCGCAGAGAGGCCUUUGCCCAGAGGCCAAGCUCAGCCCCUGACUUAAUGUGUCUUACCCCUGAACGGAAGAUGGAAGUAGAGGAGCUGAGCCCUAUGGCCCAGUCUUCCUCUUCCUUGACUCCUGUUGAAAGGGCAUCUGAAGAUGAUGAUGGAUUUGUGGACAUCCUGGAGAGUGAUUUGAAGGAUGAUGACGUGGUCCCCCCAGGCAUGGAGAACCUCUUUAGUGCCCCACUUGUCAAAAACCUGGAUAAGGAAGAGUCACAGGAUCUCAUCAUGUUCAGCAAGUGCCAGCGGCUCUACCGAUCUCCAUCCAUGCCGUGCAGUGUGAUCCGGCCCAUCCUCAAGAGGCUAGAACGGCCCCAGGACAAGGACACACCUGUCCAGAGCAAGCGCAGGAAGAGUGUGACACCCCUGGAAGAGCAACAGCCUGAAGAACCUAAGGCCCGUGUCUUCCGCUCAAAGUCCCUGUGUCAUGAGAUUGAAAGCAUCCUGGACAGUGACCACCGUGGACUGAUUGGAGAUUACUCUAAGGCUUUCCUCCUGCAGACUGUGGAUGGCAAACACCAAGACCUCAAGUACAUCUCACCAGAAACUAUGGUGGCCCUGUUGACAGGCAAGUUCAGCAACAUGGUGGAGAAAUUUGUAAUUGUGGACUGCAGAUACCCCUAUGAGUAUGAAGGUGGACAUAUCAAGAAUGCUGUGAACUUGCCUCUGGAACGGGAUGUCGAGACCUUCUUGCUGCAGCGCCCCAUCAAGCCUUGUAGCCUGGACAAGAGAAUCAUCCUUAUUUUCCACUGUGAAUUCUCAUCUGAGCGUGGGCCCCGCAUGUGCCGGUUCGUCAGGGAACGGGACCGUGCAGCUAAUGACUACCCCAGCCUAUACUACCCUGAGAUGUAUAUCCUCAAAGGCGGCUACAAGGAAUUCUUCCCACAGCAUCCGAACUUUUGUGAGCCCCAGAACUACAGACCCAUGAACCACAAGGCCUUCAGGGAUGAGCUGAGGACCUUCCGCCUCAAGACACGCAGCUGGGCUGGGGAGCGGAGCCGGAGGGAACUCUGUAGCCGGCUGCAAGACCAGUGA